AGUAUUAUUGGAGAGACUGAUUGUAAACAGGCCACAUCCCUGGGGGCUUCUCAUCACUUUCAUUGAACUUAUUAAGAAUCCCACAUUCAAAUUCUGGUCACAUGAGUUUGUACACUGUGCUCCUGAAAUACAGAAACUAUUUGAAUCCGUGGCGAGGAGUUGUAUGGUAGCAAGCCAGCCCAGCCGAAUCGAAGGUGGAGAUCAAGCAGCAGCAGAGUAAUUUAUCCAUAUUGGAAAUGAAUGAAUGAAUAAUUCAUCGGCAGACAAAUCUGUAAAAAGAAAAAAUGACUGAAUUUAGUGAAUGAUCACUGAUCAGUUUAGUGUUAUGCUAAAACAUUAUAUUUGGUGAAGGAAUAAUGGAUUUAAAAAACCAUUUUAAAUGUUUUAUUGUGAAUUAAGCUAAAUUUGCUUGACUGGAUUUGGGCGUUGGAAGAAGCUGCUUUUUUGACAGCUCAAUGGCACUGCUCCUGUCAUUGUGUCCAUAAAAUCUGUUCCAGUCAACACCACUGCACAAUUUAUUACUAUAUCGUUUUAUCCAGCGUAUUUUAUUAACAAAGUGAAUUUUUCGCAUUUCAACCUUUGUAUAUAAAUGUAAUCCUUUAGCAAUAGAUGUGUUUGUGUCUCAACAACUGAGAGAUGUACAAUGUACAGUGGAAAAUGUACAGUGUACAUAUGUUUGUAAAUAAUCCGCGUAUUUAUGUCUUAUUGUAAAUUAUAUUUUCUCAAUAAAGAUUUCUCAUUUUUUAA